AUGGCUCAAGGCACCGCCACCACACGCCCAUUGAGACAAGCCCAGCAUCGCAGCAGACUGAGUGAACACCACUCCCGGAACUCCACCCAGCUCAACACUGCCACUGCCACUACUGCUACUACCACCACCACCACCACCACCACCUCCUCCACCCCCGACGCGGCUACCACGGCAUACAUCAAGCGCGUGCUAUGUACCGCGACAGCGACUCCCGCUCAAGCCACGGAAUCGCCUGCUCACCCACCGUCUAUCGAGGCUCUCGAGCAGCUCUUGCCGCCACUCACGAGCUCGAACGAGGUCGAUGUUCAAUUGUAUGCAUUCAUCGCCGUCAUUCUCCACAUCUUCGUUCAGUCCUGGUACAGCCGCAUCACGCCUGAUCAGGAAUUUGUGGCCGGGAUCGUGCAGAUCAUUGCCCACUGCACCAGAGAACUAGAGCAACGUCUUCGUCAUGUGGAUCUGGAAUACCUACUGCUGCAUGAGCUUCCUGGACUGCUGGCAGAGCAUGUAGACGCGGUUCGUAUAUCUUACGGCUCGCGAAUCUCAAGAUUUACGACCGCAGAAGUGUGUCUGCGAUAUGAGUCCCUUCACCCCCACGUGGCUCUCGGUCCCGCCCCAUCGCACGCCAUGGCCGAGCGUGAGCAGCAGGACAGCGAGGCUGCGUGGUGCUUACUUCUCGUGGAUCGACUCUUGCCUCUGGUAUUGCCGCCAGAGGAUUUGCACAAUCCAUGUCUAGAAGUGUUGGUGUCGGAAAUUCUCUCGGAAAUGAUUUUUCACAACGGGAUAUGUGGGAAGGCUUGCGAACCGUGGCUGAUAUGGGAUGGCAUCGCGAAGCUAUUGCGCGCACUACGCCCGAGCGAAGAUCAUAGAAAACAGGCCCCUGAAUCUUUGAGCCCGUCUGUGAACGACCAUCGAUAUUCAGGUGAUGCACCAGCAUCAAGAAGAUCUCAGCGCUACGACUGGCUCCAUUGGCGCUUUGACGUGGCCAUCAAUACCUUUUGGACCGUCCUACAAGUCAUGAUGAUGUUAUGGACUUUCCUGCGUUGCACAACCAUUGCAUUGAUGCGCGCCUCGUCGAUCCAGGCGCGGGCAUUGCCACCCAUGCAGACAUUGUACGGAUCGACCGGAACGUCUGCUGCUUCUCUGCCGAGUCUCGACAAGACGCGUAUGGAGACGCGACCGAUCAUCGAUAUGCACGUCUGGGGAUGCAUGUCUGAGCUGUUCAUGCUCCACAGACGGGCACCGUGGCUGUCUGGCUUCCUAUCACUGCUACGUUGUCUGGCCCUAUACGGGCCCGGUCAGGUCGGCUGCGCGAACAGUAGACUGGAUAGGUGA